AACCACACACGAGGCACUUUACAGUACUUCAUCAUGACAUCGAUAUCAUUUGGGGACAAAAAUCGUGGACUCCAGGUUGGACAUAGCAGUGGCUCGAUCCACGCUGAAAUUCAUCUGCCUCAGGAGCGACCAGAAACUCCGCCGAACCCUUUAUCAAUCAUCCCAUUCCCACGCGAUCCAGACUUUGUCUGUCGUAGGACUCUGCUUCAGUCGAUUCACGAGAAAAGCUCGAUCCUACGGUCGAGAAUAGCCCUGGUCGGCCUAGGUGGUGUCGGGAAAUCGCACCUUGCCAUCGAAUACUCGUAUCAGAUCCGAUCAGAAUCACCAGAGACAUGGGUUUUCUGGAUCCACGCAAGCAAUGUGGCCCGGUUUGAGCAAAGUUUCCGGGACAUCGCUGAGCAGCUAAAGAUCCCUACUCGUCAGGAUCCCAAGGCCAACAUAUUUAAACUGGUCGAAAACUGGUUGCGGGAUGAGAAUAAGGGGAAAUGGAUUUGUAUCCUUGAUAAUGCGGAUGAUGAUAAGUUCCUUUGUUCGCUUCCGGCAGCAGGGAAAGGGGCUUCAAUGAAGGAGCCACUAAACGCCUCAACGAAACCUCUUUUAGAAUACGUUCCUAGAUGCCAGAAUGGAUCUAUAAUUAUCACUAGUCGAAGCAGAGAGGCUGCGCUCAGGAUGGUUAAGCAUAAGGACCUUAUUGAAGUUGAACCGAUGGUACGGUCUGAGGCACUGGAGCUUCUUCAGAAGACGCUUGAUCAACCCGAGGAAAGCCAAGAGAGCCAACACUUAGUGGAAGAACUGGAGUUUAUGCCGCUUGCAAUAGCUCAGGCCGCGCGCUAUAUUCGAAAUCGGGCGCCUCGCUAUUCAGUAUCACAAUACCUAAGAGACUUUCAGAAGAGUGAUAACGAAGCGAUAAAACUUCUCAAAAAGAGGCAGGUCAACUUGACCGGGAUUGGGAAGCAAAGAACUCAAUUCUAG